AUGCAGCCCGGUCUUAAGUACGGCAUCGUGCUGGGCGUCGGCCUGGGCCUGCUGGUGUUGGGCUGUGUGCUCGGCUGGUACGGCUUCCCCACCAUCAUCGACAACAUGAUUGAAGAGCAAAUGGUACUGACGACGGACUCCGAAAGUUUCGACCCGUGGCAAUCACCUACAUCCCAGAUCGACGUCUACAUGCAGUUCAUCGUGUUCAAUGUUACAAACGAGAAAAUAGGCAGGCGUGGAAACCUGAUCUGGUCUCAAGACGGAACCCAGCUGACGUACAACGAGAUCAUCACUUACGAGUUCGAUAGCGCUACGUCCGGAGAGGGCCUGAGCGAGGACACGACCAUCGUCACCAUCAACGCUCCCAUGCUGGUCGUGGCUACGAUGGGCGAUUCUCAGCCCCCGGCGCUUCGGAAUUUGUUGUACAACAUCAUCAAUUCCAAGGAGCGAGGCCAGAGCUUCAUGGCGUACAAGGCAGGCGAGCUGCUGAUGUCAGGCGUGGACGACCCGCUGUUCGCCUUCGUGGCGUCAGCUUUACCCCAGCUCCUGCCGCCCAGCUACAGUGAUGGAUUGUUCAGGCUCUACGCGUUCAACAACACCAUAGACGGCCCGUACACAGUACUCACCGGCAAAAAUGACAUCAACCACUUCACCUACAUCCAGUCAUACCAAAACAGCCCCAAGUUAAGCUACUGGGGCACCCCAUACUGCAACGAGAUCAACGGCACCGACGGCAUCACCUACCCCCCUCACACGGACGACGUCCAGAGAGUCUUCAUCUUCAACAAGGAUCUGUGCAGGUCGAUUUAUCUGGAUUAUGAAAAGGACGUCGAGUACUUCGGCAUCACCGGUCGCCGGUUCGUGCCGCCCCGUGAGGUGCUGGAGGACCCGGCUGUCAACAAGGACAACCAGUGCUUCUGCAUCCCCGCUGGCAAUUGUCUGAAGGCGGGAGUCUUGUCGCUCAGUCCUUGCCAGUACGGUGCACCGAUCGUAGCCUCCACCCCACAUUUCUACAACGGAGACCAGUCAUAUGUUGAUGCAGUCAUCGGAAUGUCUCCGGACAAAGUCCGACACGAGACAUUCAUCGACAUCGAGCCCAUGACUGGAUUGGCCUUGAACGGUGGCAAGAAGAUCCAGAUCAAUCUGCAGUUGAAGCAAUACCCCAAAGUGCACGGUUUGGAACAUAUACCGGAGAUCCUGUUCCCGCUCAUUUACACGAAUGAGACUGCCACGAUCGACCAGAAGGGCGCCGACGACUUCGAUCACCAGCUGAAGCUGCCGCUGAAGCUGCUGAAGGCCGCCCAGUGGGUGCUCAUCUCGGUCGGCAUUGUCAUGAUGCUGAUUUCAGUGGCUCUCUGGUACAGAAACCGCUCAAGACUCACGACGGUGUGAAAUGGGGCAUCGUUUUCUAGUCUACUCAUCGUCAAUGUCGCAAGAUGAAGAGUCCACACAGACAAGGCGUCAUCGAUGCAGCUCGGCCCAACGCACGCACGAGUGCUGUAAAAGACGGCCUGGCGGGCAGCGCUGGGGAUGAGUGCCGACGCUAGCGCCAUGUUGGGGCGUGCUAAGUCUGAUGCCACGUGAGGACGGCGGCAAUGCCCGCUCGUCGCCCGUCGCCUGUCAUCGGCGAGGCUGUGACCGCGGUCGCCGGGGGCGGCGCGGCCACGGUCGCCAGCAGCGGCUGUGUGAGUCCGAGCUCGCAGCCGCCGGUAGCCUGCCUGCCCACGGCAGCAACACGUGACGUGUCGCUCCUCGUUGCACACUGUGACACUGCAUCACUCAUCAUGCGAAUCGACGCAUGCUGUUUUUAUUUUGGGAGAGAGUGGCGUUCGUCUGACCGCGGAGGAAGGCGUCAAGCCUACUGUUGGCUUGAGUCUGAGCAUGUCCGUCCGGUUGUUGUCUUCGAGGCGCGGCGCAGACCCUGCCACCGGCGAGGCGCGCACUGGUCGCGCCAUGUAGACCAGUACACUCGGAGCGUAGGGGCAAUGAACCGAAACACAUGUUACAUAGCUACCGAUGAAGACAGUAUAUGAUGACGCACUUGUACCAGCACGCCCAUGUCGUGUCUGUGACAUAAAGGCAUAUGACAAGGACCGUGA